UUGUCCGGAACUGACGUCAGACGCAAACAUGGCGGAAGACGAGAGUUCGCUCGCUGAGUUUGAACAGGUUGACUUUCUUAAAGACAGACACGUACGGUUCUUCCAGCGAUGCCUCCAAGUGUUACCGGAGCGGUAUUCCUCGCUGGAGACGAGCAGGUUGACCAUUGUGUUCUUUGCUCUCUCUGGCCUUGAUGUUCUCAAUGCCUUGGAUGUUGUAGACAAGCCCAGCCUGAUUGAGUGGAUUUACUCGCUUCAAGUCCUUCCUACUGAAGAUCAAUCAAACCUUGGCCGCUGUGGCUUCCGUGGCUCAUCCCACCUUGGAGUUCCAUACAACCCUUCUAAGGGCCCAGGGUUCCCCCACCCAUACGACAGCGGCCAUGUAGCUAUGACCUACACGGGCCUUGCCUGUCUCAUAAUCCUUGGUGAUGAUCUGGGGCGGGUCAACAAGGAGGCAUGUUUAGCAGGCCUGAAAGCCCUGCAGCUGGAAGAUGGCAGCUUUUAUGCCGUCCCAGAAGGGAGUGAAAACGACAUGCGCUUUGUGUACUGUGCAGCCUGCAUCUGCUACAUGCUCAGUGACUGGUCGGGAAUGGACAUCCAGAGGGCCGUACAGUACAUCCGCAACAGCAUGUCCUACGACAAUGGCAUCGGGCAGGGAGCUGGUCUAGAGUCCCAUGGAGGAUCCACGUUCUGCGCCAUAGCCACACUGUGCCUAAUGGGAAAGUUGCAGGAAACGCUGAGUGAGCGGGAACUGAACCGCAUCCGCCGCUGGUGCAUCCUACGGCAGCAGAGCGGCUUCCAUGGCCGCCCCAACAAGCCUGUCGACACAUGCUACUCCUUCUGGGUGGGCGCCACUCUGCAGCUGCUAGAUGUCUUCCAGUACUCCAAUUUUGAGAAGAAUCGGAACUACAUCCUGUCAACUCAGGACCGCCUGGUUGGUGGCUUUGCCAAGUGGCCGGACAGCCACCCAGACGCCCUGCACGCCUACUUUGGGAUCUGCGGCCUGUCGCUGAUAGGGGAGCCUGGCCUGCGCCGAGUGCACCCCGCCCUCAAUGUGAGCGAAAGGGCCUUCGAGCACCUUCAGCAGCUACACCGGACAUGGAGAGAGGCCUGCACAUGACAGCGUGCCCCCUUGCCAUCUCCGCUCGGCUCUCCGAAGGCCAACACCACUGCAGCCUCCAAGCCACCUGCAAGUCCACCUUUUAAAACACACUCUAGCAAUAUAAACCUUCGUGGGUGGCCUGUGGUGGCGUUGGUGUCUUUUUGAGUGGAGCGGAGCCAUGCAUACAGGAUUGGAUCCAGUGGCAUCAAUUAUUGAAGGGCCGCUGGUGGAAAAGACACUCGACCCGGACAGGCAGUGGUAUUGUCUAGCUUAGCUGGAGUGAGACUAGCCUGUCUCCUUUGUUCCCUUUGCUGAAUUGUCAUCAUUUGUAUACACUUUGUUUUGUUUCUUCUCUUUCUUGAAUGCAUUAGCAUUCCAACUUUUGCCUUGACUUUUUUUUUUUAAAAGUGGCUUCACCAAUUUACCUUUUUUUUUUGUUGUUGGGUUAGGGUAAACCAGCAUAUGCCUAUGCAGUGUCUGUGUAUGUGUGUUUGGGUUUUCCAGCUCUCUUCUAAGCAGGUAGGAACCUCAGUACUGAAAGCGAAUAGAAGAUAACAUCAUUGGAGGAAAUGAUUAAUUCUUAAGUGCUCUGCUGGAAUGAAACCCCACACAAUCAGCUGCUCGACAGGGCCGAGAUUCGGGGGUUGGAUGGCUCUGGCCUGUGGGCUGGGCUUGGGGGCUGCCAGGAUGACUCGGGUCCAGAAGACAAAUGAAUGUUAACUUUGUCAUGUAAUACAAGCACUCUGAUCUGUGUAAACUCAAUUCAUUUAAAUAAAUCGUGGUUUUCUUUUUUUUAACACGGUCAUGUGUAAUCUUGUAAUACACGUGCUCAUAUGGAUGUUGAUGUUCUGUGUUGUGACAUAGAAUAUAAAUGGACUAGCAGCAAAAUACAAUGUAAAUGUGAAUACAACACAGUUCCUCUCUUUCCUGCAUCACUAAGCCAUUUAUAGAUACACAAAGAAACUGGUGCACAAGUCUUUGUUUUGAAAAAAAUUCUCUGCUGUGUAACUGGUUAAAAUUUUGCAUAGAAAGAAAUGCACAGACAGAGGAGAUGAGGAAUGUGAUGAGGACACUUGUCAGUAAAGGAAAUGUGUGCCACUCCACUGGAAAGAGGACAAAUCAUGGACCUUUGGUUAUAUCUGUAUGCUGCUUUAAAAAUGCCUUAGUUGUCUUAGUACAUGUAGUGACUUAAUUGUCCAGGUUUGUGACAUAAGCACUUGUUUGGGGGCCCUCCACCUUUUUCUCGGAUCUUGUUGGUUAUCAGGUUGCUGAAAACUAAACCAUGGUGCAUGUCCUGUUAUCAACCUGAAUGACCAGGGAAGGAUAAUAACACUGUUGACAUGAAGACUACAAAUGUGCUUUGUUGUUGUGUGCUUAAAGUAAAAUACCACUCAAAGCUGGGUGACAUUUUGCAUAGCAGACAUUGGCAGAAGAUUUUUGCCAUUUAUACUAGAAAAUAUAGUUGUUUAUAUUUUCCAGUAAGAAAUCAAGCAAACAGGCAUUUGGAUAUCUGAAGUGCUGAUCAAAAAUCUUGUCUAGUCAUUUCAUUGUCCUGAUCAUGUCAUUGCAGUGUCUUUUGGCCAAGGCAGGCAUUGUUUUUUUGUGAUAGAGCUGCAUAACCUGGAUAAAUGUACAGUUAUGAUCAAGGGAUUUUCCAGGAAUCUUUAUUUGUUUUACUUCCAAGGGUUCCCGGAGUUAUUUUCCAUAAACACUGUUGGCAGUUUGGGCUUUUCUAUCUUCGAUGAUUCUCUUUAAGAAAUGCUGUACAGCGCUUUGUAACAAUGUCCUUACCAAAAUGCUGUGUUAAAUAAAAGUAAUCUAGUGAUGGGAAAAGGAAA